AUGGCGUCUCCCUCUGUUCUCCCAUCUGGUACGUCUACAGUCUAUCAUGGUGCCGCUAUUGUACCAGGCUUACAUCUCACAGCGACCGUAGUCUUGCGAGACGUCGACCACCUUGAUUCCAUCCCCGAACGAACCAUCACUCUCGAGGCCCCAGACUGGAAAGUCAAGGUCGGUCGUGGAUCUCUUAGUAGUGCCGAUGCCCUGCGCCCGACAUCCAAAAAUGCUUGGUUCGACUCAAGGGUGAUGUCAAGAAACCAUGCCGUUCUAAGAGCGAACCCAUACGCUAAGACAAUCACCAUUGAAGAUGUUGGAUCAAUGCAUGGAACCCAUCUCGGAGGUAGAAGACUGAAGACGAAUCAUGCCGAAUCUCUCUGGCCUGGUGAUAUCAUUACCUUGGGUUGCAAUGUCACCAGGGGGAGUAACUGUUUCAACGCCCUACAGGUCGAGUUCAAUUGGCACUGUGCGCAGCAUGAGACCCUCGCCUUCUCCCCACUCACAAAUGUGUCACUCAACACCUUUUCCCCUGAAUACAGCGAGGGUGAAUACUACGGUAGCUCUGAGUUUCACGACGACGAAGCCGAAGACAAGGCGAACUAUGAAGAGCAAGCCGAGGAAAUGGAUAACGACGUCGACAUCGUACAAGACUCUGUUCGCCAGGCAAGCGUCGAGGUCGCCAUUCCACCACCACGCACCUUUGCUGUUCCCGAGUCUGACGUGUCCGAACCGGGCAGUUAUACUUCAGGUGCCGACAGCUCAGAAGGCGAGAGCCCAAGCACUAGCCCAAUCGAGCUGAAUGAGGAGAAGAGUCAUGAAGAGAACACAGGCGGUACCGUCCCGGUUACCAAGCCAGAAAAGGCCCAACCUGCAACUGACAUUCGUCAAGUGACACCGACGCCUCUCUCGGGAGCUUCCAAGUUCGCCAAAUAUAUGGAUGGACAAGGUGGUGCCAGUUCGCUUAUGGACGUCUGCAGUGACGAGGGUGCCGACAGGGAUGAUGAUAACGAUAAUGAUGACCCAGAUCACAAUGACGAAGAGGAAUAUCCGGACCCGUCUCUGCCUCCCCCAUCAGCGCAGCACCCUUCGGUCUCGGUCGAGAGUUCCCACAGCGCUACGGAAUCAAACGAUCCCAUGUCGAACUCUUUCAGAAAGGAGGCAGUGCGUGCGCCGAGUCCUUCUGAUGCAGCAAUGGCGAAACCAUCGACCGAACUUCCCCUAGCGCCACCUUUCAUGCAGAAGACCUCAUCGGACGCUGCCAGUGUUGCAGCAACCACUUCGUCCAACGAAAGACGUUCCAACUUUGCCUGGGCCGGUUAUAAUUCUGUUCUGUACGAGCCGUCGCCUGGCAAUUUCGGCUUGACUCCGUUUCCUUCAACAGCUUCUUUGGCACCACCAGCCAUGCCUCCAUUGGAUUUCUGGCCACAGAGCUUUGGUGGUAGUAAUGAUCAUCUGUGGGGUGCACGGUAUCCCUUAGAGCCACAAGAUCACCUGCCCAAGAUCCCUAUUUCCAGUAUUCUCGACCAGGAAUUGAAAGAGGUGACGUUCCCCUGGAGCAAACCAUCGUCUAAGCGUAAAGCAGAUCAGAUCGCCUCGGAUACGAUGCAGGAGGAACGUACGGCAAUGGCUGGAAAGCGGCAAGCCAAUGAUGUUCAGUCCGCGACAGCAGCAACGUCUACUGAGAGUAUUGACUACUCCAUCUCAACUGUCGAGGAUAGAAUGACGACUUCAUUAAUGCCUGCACCCGAGGCUGCUCUGCCCACACCGAAGCCAGCUGAAGAGAUGCCGCCACGCAAGAAGGCUAAAAAGAAUAAUACUCAAAUUGCCGAGCAACCUGACACUACCAGUGGCAACUUUGUCAAACUUGCUGCAGCGGCUGUUGCGGGCAUGGCUGUUGGUACUGUCGGAACCAUCAUUGGACUUGCGGCACUUCCUGCAGAUUAUUUCACCUGA